AUGGCUGCCGUGGUUUCUUCAGUUGGACCUCUGGAUCCCGUGACAUUUAAAGAUGUGGCUAUAGACUUCACGUUAGAAGAGUGGAGGUUGAUGGACCCUUCACAGAGGAACCUACACAAGGAUGUGAUGCUAGAGAAUUAUAGGAAUCUUGUCUCCCUGGGGCUCGCAGUUUCCAAACCAGACAUGAUAUCUCAUUUGGAGGCUGGAAAAGGACCGUGGGUGGUAGUGAGAGAAAUUGCAAGAACCCCCUACCCAGAGUUGGAGACCAAACCUGCAACCAAGAAUGCUGUAUCAACAGAGGAUGUUUCUGAAGAUGUAUCACAAGGGACCGUAAUACAUAAACUCACAGAGAAUGGUCUUUGGAACUCCAGAAUAGGAGGAUUAUGGAAAUGGAAUGAAAGGAUAUUAAGAUUGCAAAAUAGUCAGGAAAGUCAUUUGAAUCAAAAAAUAGUUACUCACAAGAAAAUUCCCUCUGGUCAAAGAAGAUUUAGAUUUGGAUCUCUUCUUUUUCCUGAAGCAGGCAUUAUCACAGAAGAACCCCACAGCAAAUGCCAAACACAUGAGAAUUUCACUGGGAAUUUAAAUUUGAUUACAGAUAUCCAUCUGGGGAAGAAACUUUGCAAGGAUACAGAAGGCGGCAAAGCCAUAAGGCCUACUUCGGAACUUACCUUAAAGCCCUAUAAAUAGACAUGUGAAAAGUCCUUUCAUUGUAGGUCAUUACUCAUUCAACAUCAGAGAACUCACACUAAAGAAAAACCUUAUGAAUGUGAUGAAUGUGGGAAAAUGUUUAGCCAGCCUUCAUAUCUCAGUCGACAUAAAAAAAUUCACACAGGAGAAAAACCCUAUAAAUGUAAUGAAUGUGGGAAAGCAUUCAUUAAUUAUUCAUGCCUUACCGUACACCACAGAAUGCAUACAGGAGAGAAACCUUAUAAAUGUAAUGAAUGUGGAAAGGCCUUCAUGCAUUCUUCAUCCCUAAUUAUACAUCAGAGGAUUCAUACUGGAGAGAAACCUUACCUAUGUAAUGAGUGCGGGGAAUCUUUCAGAAUAAAAUCACACCUAACUGUACAUCAGAGGAUUCAUACUGGAGAGAAACCAUAUAAAUGCACCGACUGUGAGAGGGCAUUUGCCAAAAUGGUAAAUCUCAAAGAGCAUCAGAAAAUUCAUACUGGAGUGAAACCUUAUAAAUGCUGUGAUUUUGAAAAAUCGUUCAGGACUAAGUCAUACCUUACUGUACAUCAAAGGACCCAUACUGGAGAAAAACCAUAUAAGUGUACUGAAUGUGAGAAAGCUUUCACUAAUACAUCACAACUUACUGUACAUAAAAGAAGAAGGCACACUGGGAAAAAAACCUAUAAAUUUAAUGAGUGUGGGAAGGUUUUCAGAAGGAACUCAGGCUUUCAGACCCAUCAAAGAACACAUACUGGAGAGAAACCAUUUAAGUGUAAUGACUGUGGGAAAGCAUUUAGCCACAUGGUACAUAUCACAGGACAUCAGAAAAUCCAUAGCAGAGAGAAACCCUAUAAAUGUGAUGUCUGUGGAAAAGCUUUUAGGAGAGGUUCAUACCUUACAGUGCAUAGGCGAAAACAUAUUGAAGAAAAACCCUAUACAUAUAAGGAAUGUGGAAAAGGUUGUAUCACUCUAUCGCUGCUAACUCGCCAUCAGAGAAUUCAUACUGGGGAAAGGCCCUAUAAAUGUGAGGAAUGUGGAAAAGCCUUCAGAAGCAACUCAGAACUUACUGUUCAUUUGAGGAGGCAUACUGGAGAAAAACCCUAUAAAUGUAAUGAGUCUGUGAAGGUUUUCAGAAAUAAGACAGGCUUUAAUAACCAUGAAAGAACACAUGCUGGAAAGAAACCAUUUAAGUGUAAUGACUGUGGGAAAGCAUUUAGCCACAUGGUACAUGUCACAGAACAUCAGAAAAUCCAUAGUGGAGAGAAACCCUAUAAAUGUGAUGUCUGUGGAAAAGCCUUUAGGAGUAGUUCAUACCUUACAGUACAUAGGCUAACACAUAUUAAAGAAAAACCCUAUACAUGUAAGGAAUGUGGGAAAGGUUGUAUCACUCCAUGGCGGCUAACUCGCCAUCAGAGAAUUCAUACUGGGGAAAGGCCCUAUAAAUGUGAAGAAUGUGGAAAAGCCAUCAGAACAAACUCAGACCUUACUGUACAUCUGAGGGUGCAUACUGGAGAAAAACCCUAUAAAUGUAAUGAAUGUGGGAAAGCCUUCAGAACCAACUCAGACCUUAUUGUACAUCUGAGGAAGCAUACUGGAGAAAAACCCUAUAAAUGUAAUGAGUGUGGGAAAGCCUUUAGGAGUAGCUCCAGCCUUACUGUACAUCAAAGAAUCCAUCAAAGAGAAAUUCAGCUAAUAUAAAGAUUAAUAAAGCAUUCAUCCAGAUGCCAGCACCACAAGAGGAAUCCAACUGUGUCUUUUAUGGACAAUUCACCAGAGAAAAUACACACUUAAGAGAUACUUUAGAGGGGCUGUCUGGGUGGCUCAUUUGGUUAAGCAUCUGCCUUCACUCAGGUCAUGAUUCCGGGGUCCGGGGAUCAAGCCC